AUGGUUCUUGGGAAUGGAUCCCAUAAGGAGGGAGUAUCAAGUAGAAUUGAUAAUGUUAUUGAGAAUGAAGCUGAGAUUGUACGGUUGAUACAGCAAGAUGGACGACUCCGAGACACAGGGAAUGGUGGCGAUAUACAUUCGAUAAUCAAUGAAGAUAGUGAACUUCGAGAGGAGUUCGAGGAGAUAUUACAACGGUUUCAUGAGAAACAGAAACCUGAAAGUACCUGCGAAAGCCCUUUGUCGCUGCCAAUGGAACAAGAAGUGGUUCCUCCCGAGAAUUUUAGCCAUGUAGCUGGAGAGAUCUACCGCAGCAGCUUUCCAAGAGUCGAGAACUUUACAUUCUUACAACAUAGACUGCGGUUGAAAUCUAUCCUAGUCCUUAUACCAGAAGCUUACCCCCCAGAGAACGAAGAAUUUCUCAAACAAGCUGGGAUUCAGUUAUUCCAAGUUGGAAUGAGUGGAAAUAAGGAGCCCUUUGUGAAUAUACCGUCUGACCUAUUGACUCAAGCGUUAGAAAUCGUCCUGAACCCAAAAAACCAGCCAAUAUUAAUCCACUGUAACCGUGGUAAACACAGAACGGGCUGUCUAAUUGGAUGUAUUCGUAAAUUACAAAACUGGUCCCUCACAAUGAUAUUUGAUGAGUACAGAAGGUUUGCAUUCCCCAAAGCCAGAGCACUGGAUCAACAAUUUAUUGAAAUGUAUGACGAUCAGGAGAUCAUUUCGACCGCUAAUAGCAGAGAUUGGUUACCUAUACAGUGGUAA